UUUGCGCUCCUCUUUGCUCCGGUUUUGAGUGGAAGUGCAGUUUGCGGGCACAUUGCGCGCACUUUGCGGGUGUUUUGACUCAAAGUGGCGGCCUAAAUAGUGAACAUGUGCUCUUCUACCUUUCGGGGCUGAAACAGUUUAGCAUAUCUCGGGCCGUGUCUUGUGCACAGCCGGAUUUUGGAGCGUUUUGACUGGAGAGAAGAGGAGAAGAGCGGGGUAACUUCAAAAUGGCAACCCCCUAUGUAACGGAUGAAUCGGGCAAAUACAUCGCUGCCACUCAGCGUCCUGAUGGGAGCUGGAGGAAGCCGCGACGAGUAAAGGAUGGAUAUGUUCCUCAGGAAGAAGUCCCAGUAUACGAAAACAAAUAUGUGAAGUUCUUCAAGGGAAAACCAGACCUGCCUCCUGGUUUAAACCCAGAUGACGUUGCUCAGCCUAAAACUCAACAACAAAAAUGUGAGAGCGAUGCAUCCAGUCUUUCCAAAUCUGCAAAACGAAACAUGAAACGCAAAGAGAAAAGGAGGCAGCAGCAGCAGGCUGAAGCAGAGGAGGAGCAGGUGGAUUCGGUUAGUUACGCCGUGGACAACAUGACUCUUAAUGAAAAUGCAGUCUCUACUCCUGAUGAUUCUUCAGCUGUUUCGGAAAAGGCCAAAAAAAUCAAAAAUCUGAAAAAGAAACUGCGACAAGUUGAGGAUCUGCAGCUCAAAGUGGACUCAGGUGAAAUUAAACAGCCGUCAAAAGAACAAAUGGAUAAGCUAGCCCGAGCGCAAGCUUUGAGAGAGGAGCUAGAGCAGCUAGAGAAGGAUUUAUAAAGCACUAAGGCCGUGCCCAAUUUCUGUUAACUUGCCUUUUUGAGUCCUCGAUGUAGAAAUGAUUCAAGUAGUUCUAUUGUUAAGUAGAGCUGCAACAAUCAAUCAAAAUCAUUUUGACUUGUCAGCUAAAAAUACUAUAGAAUAAUAGAAGUAUUUUUUAUAAUAAUAUCUGGCAUGGAUAUUAAAAAUACAUUAUUAAAAAUAAUAAUAAUAAAGAGUAGAGUCCGACCGAUAUAUCGGUUGGUCGAUAUUAUCGGCUGGUAUGGGCAACUUUAGGCAUAUCGGCUAUCGGCCGAUAUGCUUGCUGAUAGGGGCCGAUAUUUCACGUGGGCAUGUUAUACCUCGUUAUAAAGCUUAGACUCUGUACAUUCUGGUCAUUUAAUCCAAUUUACAGACAGAUAAAUGUCCUAAUAUGUGGCUCCACAUCAGUAUUUAUCUACGGAGUCAUUUGUCUGUGUGUGUCCCUACUGUCCCUGAACACACCACAGAGUUGCGUCACUCACGUGUGUUUGUUUACACCUGCAGACACAGAUCCAAACACUGAGAUUAUAUUCUUUUUACUGACAAUCGGUUUGAGUCUGGAUUAAAAGGACAUUUAUUAGUGCAGAUUUGUGAUGUGAGGAGGAGCCUGUAUGAGCGGUGAGUGUUGGAAAUAUGUCGACUCUGAAGCUAGUUUUUGUCAUUUGUUAUGGGUUAGCUGCUGUAGCUCCCGCACAUAAACAGACUGUUUUCUAUUGGUCUGUUCUAAAGUGACUAUAUUGGCCGUAUAUUUGCUACUGGACCUGCACUGAUAUGUAAAUGAGCUGUGAACAGACGUGUGAAUUAUGACAUUUGCGCAUAUAAUUAAUUACUGCGGCGCGCACGUAUUUACGGCUAAAGGCUAAUAGCGCUACUUUCUUUACUAGUUAUGGGCAUGGAUCUAUUAAAAUAACUGGAUACAGUAUUGCUAGCUUGUAGCUGCCUCGAGUUGACGUAGUGGCCACUCAGUGGUACUACAGUCGAAAAAAUCCCAUGGGCCGAGAGAAGAUUUUUCUCAUAGAGCGCAAUGUAAUCACAACCCGCUCGUGUUUUCGGCUGACAGGGCACCUACAACUUUCAAAAAUGUCGGAUUUUUGUGGCGAUUUUUACCUAUUUUUAGAUCAUAAACUUUUUCUCGCUCAAAAUCCUUCAGUUGUCUUAAAAAAACGCUUUAUAAUCGUUAGCUUCGGCUCCGCUCUGCUCUCGUUCCUCUCGCUCUGAUUGGUCAAAGCGAUCACGUGAUACACGAGCCCGCGCUCCGUGCGUGUGGUCGCGUGCAUUCGCGUGCAUUCGCGUGCAUUCGCGUGUGCCCGUGGGAGAAAAGAGCACUACUGCGCAUGCUCGGUCGGCCCACAGCCACCGGAAGUACCUAGCCGGGCUAGGCUAAUCUGGGAUCAUGCGCCAUUGAGCUCAGCCCAUUGACUUGAAUGGGCGGCCAUUUUGGAACCUGGGGGCUUCGUUAUGGGUCCGUCGCGAACGAAAUGACUCUUAGAACCGGCUCUUUGAAGCGAACGACGGGAGCCUGAUCCUUAUUGGGAGCCGUGUUUUCUCUCUUUCUCACUUUUUUUCUCUUCACGCCGCUUGAUUCGUGGUUUGACAGCGGCAGCGGAGAAAUUUGCGUGUACGUAGGAUUUAAAAAAAUAAAAAUAAAAAAACGAGCAUAUUUGACUAUAGUUUAGCAUAAAAUAAAUAAGUCCUGGUUUAGUCCUUUUUCAGUCCUGGUUUAGACCUGGUUCAGUCCUGAUUCAGUCCUGCUUUAGACGUGCUUAGUCCUGCUUGCAACAAAACAAUCUGAAGAGCCACUUGGGAGCCAAAAGAACCAGUAGCUUUUAGUGAGCCGAGCCAAAAGAGCCGGUUCUCUAAAAAGAACUGGAAUACCCAUCACUAGUGUCUAGAAUGUGAUGCAAAAAUGCCAUUAAGCCAACCUACUGUCUGUAAAUAUGAUGUAAAGAGGCAAAAUAACAAUAAAUGUUGCCUAAAUAAACCCAAUUUAAAAUCCACCAGAGCCAAUCCUAAGUUUUUUAAACAAUUCAACAUUUACAGUGAAUUUUUACGUCACUAAAUAUAUCGGCGAUUAUAUCGGCUAUCAGCAGCGCCAACUCCCAUUAUAUCGGUUUCAUAUCGGCCACAACAAAAUCCAUAUAGGUCGGGCUCUAAUAAAGAGAUUUUGCAAGGUACCUGCUCACAUCGGUAUCUAGUUUUGAUACUAGUUAUAGUUGCAAGUGUCUGUAUAUCUGUAUACAUUUUUUACACUCUUACAUAUCAGAAAGGAUAAGUAUUCUGCAUCCUAUUGAUUAAAAAAAGGACAGAGGCAAAAGAUAAGGUAGCCAGGGCAAGUUGGGUUGGGUUAGGUUAGUUUAUUUGCCAAGUGUAGUUAAUAAAACCAAACAAAAUAAAACAUUGGAAAACAUGUGCAAGAAGCUUAGAGUGCACCAGGAGACUUUAAAAAACAACCACAUAAACAAUAAACAGUCAUUACAAAUUACAUACUGGCACUGUAAAAUAAACAAGCUACAAAAAUUUAUGCUCCACAUUUGAUUCAUUUGUUGUAUCAGACCCCCACUGUGGGAAUAGGAACAUAGAGGAGAGGGGCAAGUUUUUACCAAGUGGGUCUCAUUUAUCAGUAAAAUUUGGGUUGAAGGAUUAAGCACUCAAAAAGGCAAGUAAACAUAAAUUGGAUGCGGCCCAAGUCAGCGGCCAACGGGGAGAAACUGCACACUCCAGCUCCUUGUACCUUUGCAGUAAAUUAUUUGUUACCAUACAUGCUCCCAAGCUGUUUGUUACCCCCAAAGCUCCCAUAUUAUGCUAAAAAGUUGUAAUUUUUAUCACUACAAAUGUCAACUUUUUUGUUUCGUUUCCAUUUAAAAACUGAAACUUGGACUUCUACGCAUUUCAGAAGCACUGAAAUUGUCUAUAAAGCAUCUACAGCUGUGCUGCUAAUAAGCUGUUUCAGCAUGCUUCUCUCCCCACUGUGGGCGACACAGCUAGUCAAGUAUUAUACAUUUUAAAAUACCAAUGUAAAGAUGUCAGCAUAUAGAUAUUAAAAACUAAAUCAAAUAAGAAUAUGAGACUUUUUAAGAACUUUUUUUAAGAAGACGGCAGAGGAUAUCUACAGCGCGGGCAGCACACUUUUCUACGGACAACUUUGAACCUGCGUUUUAAAAUUGUCAUUUGUUUUUUUUUUUUACAUUACGAACAUUCAAUUAAACCACUCACUAAUCCUAUGGUAAAAUGUCUUUUUAAUUGUUUAAUUGUUCCAUUUUAUAAACUCAUGAUUUCCUGUUGAAUCUAGCAGUGUUACUAAAUGUUACAGACUACUAAAAAGGAUGUGUGAAACAGCUGCUGUAAGUUUUUCUCGUGAACAUAACGUACAUUAAUGGCAUUUUGAAAUACUGUAUAUGGAGAUGCAGACCUAAGAGACUUUUAUUUCAAAUUGUAAUAAAAGGACAAAAGCAACUUCUGUAAUAAAGUAUUAAUUUCUAUGAAUUAAAAAAAAGUUUUGAAAUGAA